CACGCAGAAACUUGUAAGAAUCAACAAUGGCGACGGCUCUUCUUACAACAAUCCUCUUGUCUUCUUUCCUUGUUGUUUCAUCGGCUGAAAUCUCGAGCAAGAUUGGUAUAAACUAUGGUCGAAUAGGAAACAAUUUGCCAUCACCAUAUCAAACCAUUGAGACCGUGAAAUCGAUGAAUGCCGGGCGUAUUAAGCUCUAUGAUUCCGACCCUGAAAUAUUGAAACUUUUAUCAGGGACCAACAUUCAUGUAUCUGUUAUGGUACAAAACAAUGACAUAAUCCGUAUCGCUUCGAGCCAAGCUGUUGCCGAACAAUGGGUACAAGACAAUGUCUUGGCUUAUUACCCCGACACGAUGAUUCGGUUCGUGUUAGUUGGUAACGAAGUCCUUAGCCACCAAGAUCGAAGAAUUUGGCUUAGUCUUGUCCCUGCCAUGCGUAGGAUCAAGAACUCGUUGAACACGCACGAUAUCAAGAACAUUAAGGUCGGUACGCCAUUGGCUAUGGACGUAAUGCAAUCAACUUUUCCACCGUCGAGCAGUAGGUUUCGGCCCGAUAUUACUGAUACGGUCAUGGCACCGUUGUUAAGAUUCUUGAAUGGAACCAAAUCGUUCUUUUUCAUUGAUGUUUAUCCUUAUUUAGCAUGGUCAGCUAAUCCGAAAAACAUCAGUUUAGAUUUUGCUCUCUUUAGAAGCAGGGUGAGCCAAACUGACCAUGGAAGUCACUUGGUUUACACCAAUCUAUUAGACCAAAUGCUCGAUUCGGUCAUUUUUGCAAUGAGAAAACUCGGAUACCCCGAUAUCCGACUUGCUAUAGCCGAAACCGGGUGGCCAACCACAGGUGAUAUCGAUCAAAUAGGUGCUAAUAUCAACAAUGCAGCCACUUAUAACCGAAAACUAGUCCAAAAAAUGACUGCUAAACCACCAUUAGGGACACCAGCUAGACCUGGUUCAGUCAUACCAACAUUUAUUUUCUCCUUAUAUGAUGAAAACCAAAAGACAGGUCCAACAACCGAAAGACAUUGGGGCUUGUUACGUUCCAACGGAACAUCGAUUUAUGAAAUCGAUCUCACCGGUAAACGACCUCUCUCGAGUUACAAACCAUUACCCGCAGCUAGAAACAACGUACCAUAUAAAGGUAAGAUAUGGUGCGAAGUGGCACCGGGGGCUGACGCGAUGAACUUAUCGUUGGCAUUGUCGUAUGCCUGUGGCCAAGGUAACCAAACUUGUGCUGCAUUGAACCCUGGUAAACAAUGUUAUGAACCAGUAUCGGUUUUUUGGCAUGCAAGUUAUGCAUUUAGUUCGUAUUGGGCUCGGUUUCGAAAACAAGGUGCAACUUGUAACUUCAAUGGCUUAGCUCGACAGACCAGAGCUAACCCAAGUCGUGGACACUGCAGUUUCCCAAGUGUGACACUCUGA